CAAAUGUCGCGCGCGAGAGAUCGCUUAUUAAACUACGAGAUGUAAUUGUUGCAUGUCAAAAUUGUUUGUUCUCUCGAGAAACAAUUUCUAACGUGACGAAGGAUAUCAAAUGUGAUUGAUUUGACAUUGUCAGUGAAAAUUCUAGAAAGAUUCGCCAAUUAGAUAAAGUUUGUAAGAUUUCAUUAUAUGCACAUACAGAUUUUGUAACGUACAGCGAUCAACUACUAUAUUUCAUCUACGACCGAAUGUUUUUCAAUUUGAUAGUGGAAAAUAGAAGUGCGGAGAUUAUUUCAUGAGUUUCUGGAUUUAUAUAGUGAUGAGAACUUAUAAAAGUGCGAACUAUCUUUUAAAAAUGUGAACGUUCGUAACAAUGGAUUGUGUGUAAAUUAUGCAAAUUUGUUUUACAAUUAGAGGCAAAUGUAUCAAAUUAUUUAUUAUAUUUUUUUUCCUUAGAUCGGUUUCUUUAAUUUAAAAUUUUGUGCGAUUUAAGUCGCAUAAAAGACAAUGACGGAAAAUGUAUACGUUAUAAAAAUCAAGACAAAACCACCGUUGUCGUCUUUGUAUCCAUCGGAGCGUCGCUACUCGGCAUCAACGGUUGGCGGCAUGUCCCUCAUCCAUUUCAUCCUUGGGGCCAUAUCUCUCUUCCUGAGCACCAUAGCCAUGUCUGUUCCGGGUCAUAUUCUGUCUCUCGUAUGUCUCGUACCGUCCGUGACCGGUUGCUUCGCUUGGCGACGUUGGUACAUCGACCGAAACAUCACCAUUUUCUUCUACAGUAGCCUCUUCUCCUCGGUAGCAGGGAUCUUCUGCUGCGGCGUUAUGAUGUACGAUCUCACGAUGAUUUUAAACGCUGAAGAAUCUCUACAAUCGUUAAAAAAUCUCGACGCUCCUCAUCUCGUCGAUGAUUUCGCGAAUGAUACAUCUAACGGCAAUCCAAAGUUCACCGAAGAUUACGAUUCUUCGAUGACCAACAAAUUUAAUAAGUCAUUCGUUACUUUAGAACCCUUCGUAUCCAACGAUUUCCAUGACGGUAUCAUGAAUGACAGUUACAGUAGUCUUCAAGCGUCCUUUACAGUUGAGAAAAAAAUGAUGAUAUCGAAAGAUAUCUUCCAGGAUGAUGACACGAUGAACAUUACGGGAUCUGUGAAUUUGAAAAAGGAAAAAAUCACUGUUUGGCAUAAACGAGAAUUCGAGGUGAAUUUGAACAGAGUACCGAUGACUAUGAACGUUAUAACAGCGUCUUGUCUGGAGAUACUUUGGUCACUGUUGAGCGCGCAAAUUGCAUUCAAUGGAAUGAUGAAUCUACCGGAAAGCGGCAAUGCCGUGGCUGGUUCGAAAACGACGAAAUUGCUGCAGAAGAGAAAACCUCUUGCCUCCAAGCCAGAUAUCUUGAAUCAUGAUCAUCGAUUAUCGGAAAGUCUACAAAACUUCACUACAUUGCAAGGUCUAGCUAGUCUGGGACCGCGGCUACCCUUGCCGGAAUCUAACAGAGAAUUUAGGGAAAGAGUUGAGAAGUUCUUGGCAAAUCAGGCAACGCAUAGAGUCGAUGAAAGUGCCUGAAAUAAAUAAUUUUAUUAUAGACUCUCUAUGUGAAUUUUAAAAUAUUCAAAAA